AUGGCUUCGAGUACUGUCGAAGCUUGGCCGGACCGAUCUGUUGCUCAGAUCCUAGAAGCAGAAAAGGAUCAGGGCUGGCAUCUUCAUCCUUCGCUCGUCCGCCUCUACAGCAUCCUCGUUCCUGCAUGUCUCAUGAUAUGCGUCACCAAUGGAUACGACAGCUCCCUGCUCAAUGGUCUACAGUCUGUGCCUAAAUGGCAAGAAUACUUCGACCACCCAACAGGCGCGAUUCUCGGCUUCAUGUCGGCAUCAUACCCCCUCGGAGCAAUCCUUUCUACUCCCUUCUCCGCUUUCAUCUCUGACCGCUACGGCCGCCGCUGGUCCAUCUUGACUGGAAGUAUCAUCAUGAUUGUCGGAGUAGCCAUCCAGACGGCCUCAAAUAGCUUAGCUCCCUUCAUCGUGUCGCGUAUCGUUGUCGGCUUCGGGAUCACACUGGCUCUCACUGCAGGACCUGUUCUCAUCUCCGAAUUGGUCCAUCCCAGCCACCGUGUUUUCGUCACAGCCCUCUACGCCACUACUUUCUAUGUUGGUUCUUUGCUCUGUGCCUGGGUUGUCUACGGUACACUGGAUCUGCACAGCUCUUGGUCGUGGCGAACGCCGACCCUGCUUCAGGGCUUGCCGGCAGUCUUCCAGGUUGCUUUUAUCUGGUUUCUUCCCGAGUCUCCACGAUGGCUUAUGUACAAGGGGCGGGAAGAGGAGGCCUUGGAGAUUCUCGUCAAGUAUCAUGGAAACGGCAACCGCCACGACGAGUUGGUUACUGCUGAGUUCUACGAAAUUCGAGAGGUCCUCCGUGCAGAAAAAGAAAUCGAAGCCAACGGAGUCAAACUCUUCUUUGCCACCCCCGGCAACCGCCAAAGUCUCGGGAUCAUCCUCAUUCUCGCCGUCGCUGGACAGUGGUCUGGUAACGGGUGGGUAUCCUACUACCUGACGAAGAUUCUGGAAACAAUCGGAAUAAUGGAGCCCAAAGAACAAUUGAGAAUCAACGGCGCAAUAACCUGUACCAACUACGCCACCUCAGUCUUCGCUGCAAUAGCUGCAGCCCACUUUGGCCGCCGCUGGCUCUUCGUCGGGGGUGGCAUCGGAAUGUGGACUACAUUCAGCGCCCUUACGAUUGGCAUCGCCGUCUACAACGAGCUGUCCCUCGACGGCGCUGGCAAGGCCGCUCUCGCCUUCAUAUUUAUCUACUACACUACCUUUAACUUCGCCCUCAACCCGACACUAUACCUGUAUCCGUCGGAGAUUCUGCCCUUCAACCUCAGGGCAACGGGUAUGAGUGUGCUGAUCUUUACGAACAAAGCGGCUCUGUUCUUCAACCAGUUUGUCAACCUAAUCGGCAUGGAUGAUCUAGGUUGGAAGUAUUACCUGGUUUAUGUGGCGUGGUUACUCGUGGAGGUCUUGCUUUUCUACUUUUUCUUUCCAGAGACGUAUGGGAAGACGCUGGAGACAAUCGCAGAGAUUUUUGACACGCCAAAGGGGAGCGUUGUCUCUGAGAAAGAGGGCGGAGAGGUGGUUGUUCACGUAGAUGACGUCUCUGUACAUAAGGAGACUGUUUGAGGGAAUAUCUA